AUGCUGCGAGGCCGAUCGCUGCUGCGUUCGGACGCUCCUACGCGCGUGCUACAGCGCGCUUCGUCCGGUCUCUUUUCGUCUGCAAUGCGGAAAGCGUCUACUGUCAGUGCUGGGUUAAAGGGCCCUCCUUUUGCUCGGUAUUUCUGGUACACGACCGGUAUCAUGCUGGGCAUCCCAGGAGCUAUUGGCGCCGUGUUUGUGUACAACCUCCAGACGGACGACGAGUUUUACAGCCACUUUAACGACCGGUACCCAGACUUGAUCAAAGCUAUUGAAGGCCAUGUGCCGCUCAAUGAGUCGCUGCUGGAACUAGCGAGUCGUGAGGACAUUGGACCUGUUGGCUCGAUGGAAGACCUCAUCAAUGAGACGGUGACUGUGGUGGCGCAGCUACAAUCGGGUCAGACGGUGCGUUUUCAAGUCGCUGGGUCGGCGAGUCAGGAGGCAAUUGACGCACUGGCGCUCAAGGAGUCGAUGCAUCCGACGUCCGACCGAGUGAUUGCUGUCACUUUUGCUGAGGAAGGAGAGGAUGUGGAGAAAAAGAGCAAGCAGGCGGUACCCACGGCACAAGAGGCGUGGCCGCCUGCUCCUCGAGUGACGUGGGGCAGUGCUGCUGCAGCCCUGGAAAAGAAGAACGGGAAGCCGAAGGACUCAGUGAAUGAGCUUCGUCAGGAGAUCGAAGAGAUUCGUGCGCGGCAGGCGGCGUUGGAAGCGUCCAAGUAUGCAGGACGCGACGUUGACGCAGUAGACGAGGAGAUUGCGGCUUUAGAGGAACGCAAAGUUGCUCUGAAAGAGCAGCUUCCGCGCAAACGCUUCUUGUGGAUCUUCUAG